GAUCGUUCGGACCAGGACCGGGUCAACGGGUUUAGUCCCAGUCCUCCACUUAAAACCACGCGUCCACACCGCCGAGAAGCAAUCCCAGGUGAAACCCGACCAUAAACACCGACAGAUCGGUACCACUGGACGCAGCCCAAACUCAAUCAAAUCCAGUAGAGAACGUUCCUCUCCGACAGCCACAUUACCGGACCGGCCAGACAGCCUCGGCAUCAAACGGGAAAAGCUCCGACGAAGCCCCAAGAGAGGAGUCAAAAACCCUCACGGACUAAUCUAGAUGAGGUCUCUCCUCAGAGGUGCUGUGUUGCUUUGCACAACUAGCUAGUCUCAACUCCUUAGUUCCUCUCUAUGGUGCUGUAUUUUAGAUGACUAAAGGUGAAGUAGAUGAUAUGUUUUUCAAACAAAGCCUAUUAUUAAGAGGAUGUACAGCUUCUGGCAGGAGCUCCUCCAUCCUCUUCCCUCCUUUUUGCAGGAUUUCAUCAGGGUGUCUUGGUCUUUUGCUUUUAUUCCUGCUUUGUUCAAGUGCUAUUUCCCCCCUUCUGGUUCGUGUCCUUUGUCCAAGACUUUUGUAUGGAUCUUUUAUUUUGGCUAUGUACAAGUAUGUUUGUUGGCCGAAAAAAGGUCUGUAAGUUCAUACGAAGAGUAGUCGUAUUUGGUUUGUGGCAGUAACUAUUUUCAUUUGUUUCUCUUAAGAUAUCUGAAGUUUGUAAAACAUCUUCCAGGGUUUUGAGCAAUUGAUAAGCGCUUGUGUGAAAUUCUG